AUGAACAAACACAAAUGUUAUUUUAGAUAUAUCAAACAAGAUGAUAAAGUUGAUAUAUCGUUUCUUUUUAGUGUGAAUGAUGUUUCACGGCAGUUUAAUUUGAGUAGAAACUCUUCUGAAAGUUUGGAAACUUUAUGUGUUCGAAUUGCAACAAAUGUACAAAAGUUUUAUAAUAAAAAGAAUAAAAAGAAAACACUGCCUAAAGAACAAGCUAUCGAAGUAAAGAUUUAUGACAGUAAAAAAGAUCCUAUUUCAAAAGAAUGCACUUGUUCUGAUUUGUUUGCCUACCAAAGCCCAAUAUUAACUAUAUCUGAUAAUCUUUAUGAAAUAGUGCUAAAUGCACCAUGGAUUAUAAAUUUUAAUUUGCCAAAGGUUAUCUUAGCUGGAUUUCCUGUUUAUCCAGAAAAUUUUGAAACUCAAUAUACAGAUAAACAUCUUAGUAUUUUUAACUGGUAUAAAGGCAAAUCAUUUAAUGAUAAGGGAAAUGAAAUCAGUAAUGAACAUAUUCAAUGGCAAUUAAUAUUAAAUAGUUUUUAUUUUACACCUACAACAGAAGACAUUGGUAUGAAAUUGAAAUUAGAAUGUAUACCAGUUAAUAAUGAAAGCACUGGUCCAGCAGUUGAAUGUGUGAUAAAUGGUGUAGUAGAAGCUGGACCUGGUCCCUGCCCAUUUGAAUGUACACAUAUGUUUACAAAGCAAAAAUUAACAGACAAGAGCUUUCGAUGUGUUUCAUACAACAUAUUGGCUGACUUAUACUGUGACUCAGAUUUUACUCGUACUGUUUUACAUCCUUACUGUCCUCCGUAUGCAUUACAUAUUGAUUAUCGUAAACAAUUAAUAGUUAAGGAAUUAAAAGGAUAUAAUGCUGAUAUUAUUUGCCUUCAAGAAGUGGAUAGCAAAAUAUUUAAUAGCAGCUUAAAAACUUUUUUAGAAUGUGAAGGCUUAGAGGGUUUAUUUUUUAAAAAAGGAAAAACUGUUUCUGAAGGGUUGGCUUGUUUUUACAGAAAAGAUAGGUUCAAUUUUAUAGAUAGCCAAAGCAUAUUAUUAGCAAAAGCUAUUAAAGAAGAAGCUUGCUUGGAGGAGAUUUGGUGUAAUAUUAAAGACAAUGAACCAUUGCUGGAGAGAGUGUUAGAUAGGUCAACUGUUGCAAGUGCAACAUUUUUACAAUCAAUUGAACAUCCAAAUGAAAUUCUUUUGGUUGGCAACACACACCUAUAUUUUCAUCCUGAUGCUGAUCAUAUUAGAUUGCUUCAAGGUGGCAUUCUCAUAUACUGGUUGCGAGAUAUACAGAGGAAAUUAGAAGAACAAUUCGCAAAUCAUAGGGUCAGCAUUAUAUUAUGUGGCGAUUUUAACAGUGUACCAUCAUGUGGAAUCUAUCAGUUGUAUACUACUGGAUCAGCACCAAGCUCUUUGCCAGAUUGGAAGUCUAAUGAAAAGGAAGCUAUUAAUGAUUUGAGCUUAAAGCAAGACAUUCAAUUAGAUAGUGCCUGUGGAACUCCUCAAUAUACAAAUUUCACAGAAGGAUUUGCAGAUUGCUUAGACUAUAUAUUUUAUGAAAAGAAUAAACUAAGAGUUGAACAGGUCAUCCCACUACCUAGUAUUGAACAGCUCAAAGCACACAUUGCCUUACCUAGCAUUGUAUUUCCCUCUGAUCACAUUGCAAUUAUUUCAGACUUGCAAUUUAGA